CCAGUAGUCACUACUCCAGCCGGCCGCAGCCAGCCGAAGCCGUUACCGCUACUGUUGGGAUUGGUAGCACUGCUGGUGGGGGUACCGCGAGCAGUAUGGCCGCAAGUGACGCCAAUACUGAGGACUCAUUGUAUCCCAUCGCUGUACUCAUCGAUGAAUUGAGGAAUGAAGAUGUGCAGCUGCGGCUGAACAGCAUCAAGAAGCUGUCCACCAUUGCCCUGGCUCUGGGAGUGGAGAGGACCAGGAGCGAGCUCAUCCCCUUCCUCACAGACACAAUCUACGAUGAGGACGAGGUUCUGCUCGCGCUGGCGGAGCAGCUGGGCAACUUCACCCCGCUGGUCGGGGGCUCGGAGUUUGUCCACUGCCUCCUGCCACCCCUGGAAAGCCUGGCCACAGUGGAAGAGACGGUGGUGCGAGACAAAGCAGUGGAGUCCCUGCGCCACAUCUCGCAGCAGCACAGCCCCUCUGACCUGGAGCAGUACUUUGUGCCCCUGGUGAAGCGCCUGGCCUCUGGGGACUGGUUCACAUCACGUACGUCUGCCUGCGGUCUGUUCAGCGUCUGCUACCCAAGGGUCUCGGCCACCGUCAAGGGAGAGCUGCGCAACCACUUCCGCAACCUGUGCCAGGACGACACCCCGAUGGUGCGUCGUGCGGCAGCCUCGAAGCUGGGGGAGCUGGCCAAGGCGGUGGAGGCGGAGUGGGUCAAGACGGACCUGGUGCCCAUGUGGGCCUACCUGGCCCAGGACGAGCAGGACAGCGUGCGGCUGCUGGCAGUGGAGGCCUGCGUGGCGCUGGCCUCCCUGCUGCCCCGGGAGGACCUGGACCAGCUGCUGCUGCCCACCCUGCGCCAGGCGGCCGAGGACAAGUCCUGGCGGGUGCGCUACAUGGUGGCCGACCGCUUCACCGACCUCCAGAAAGCCGUCGGGCCAGAGGUCACCCGGGCGGACCUCGUACUCGCCUUCCAGAACCUGCUCAAGGACUGCGAGGCCGAGGUGCGGGCGGCCGCCGCCCACAAGGUCAAGGACUUCUGCCAGAACCUGUCGCCAGAGGUCCAGGAGCAGGUGAUAAUGAGCAACAUCCUGCCGUGCGUGAAGGACCUGGUGUCUGACCCCAACCAGCACGUGAAGUCGGCCCUGGCCUCCGUCAUCAUGGGCCUCUCCCCGAUCCUCGGGAAGCACAACACGGUGGAACACCUGCUGCCGCUGUUCUUGUCCCAGCUGAAGGACGAGUGCCCCGAGGUGCGGCUGAACAUCAUCUCGAACCUGGACUGCGUCAACGAGGUGAUCGGCAUCCAGCAGCUCUCCCAGAGCCUGCUGCCGGCCAUCGUCGAGCUGGCCGAGGACUCCAAGUGGCGCGUCCGCCUCGCCAUCAUCGAGUAUAUGCCCUUGCUUGCCGGACAGCUGGGUGUGGAGUUCUUCGACGAGAAGCUGAAUGCCCUCUGCAUGACCUGGCUGGUUGAUCACGUGUUUGCCAUCCGAGAGGCGGCAACGCAGAACCUCAAGAAGCUUGUGGAGAAGUUUGGCAAGGAGUGGGCCACCAACACGGUGAUCCCCAAGGUGUUGACCAUGUCCCGGGACCAGAACUACCUGCACCGCAUGACCUGCCUCUUCUGCAUCAACGUGCUUUCCGAGGCCUGCGGGGGAGACAUCACGGGCAAGCUGAUGCUGAGCACGGUGCUGAGCCUGGCCGGAGACAAUGUGGCCAACGUGCGCUUCAACGUGGCCAAGACCCUGCAGCGCAUUGCGCCCAUCCUCGAUGCCCCCACUUUGCAAGGCCAGGUGAAGCCUUGUCUGGAGAAGCUGAACACUGACACGGAUGUGGACGUUCGUUACUUUGCAUCGGAGGCCAUUUGUGUACUCCCCUGAUGGGUCACUGCGGAGCCGGGCUUAGCAGCGUUCCACGGUCCCCCCACUCUCUCCCUUGAGCGCAUUUUGGUGUCAAAUAAAAGCCUAGUUGUACGAGUA